AUGCCAUCGCUGUCUGUCACCAGCGCGCCUGCAAAUCUAUUGUCGCGGUCUCCACAAGCCUGCAGCUCUUUUGUGAAAAGACGUGACAGCUUCAAACAUGCAGAGGCUCUCUCUACCACAACUCGACGGCUUUUGAUUUUUUUAGGUGGUUUGGUGGUACCUUUGCGCUGCCGAGCUGAUUCCCGUCGGCGCUGCCAAUGCAUGGAUUGUGAGGUGCAGAGGUUGAGCUGCCAAGAAUCAAUUUCUGGUGUGUCAUCGCGGAAUUUGCAAUUUCUUUUCUUCACAGAGCAGACUUUGUCCUGUGACACCCUGCGGAAGUCUGCAGAGAAGUUGGUGCAAAAUGGCAAGGGCAGGUUCCGCGCGAGCACUCUCGUCGACACCUUGUUUGCCGCACGAAUUGGAUCGGAACCAAUUGCAGGGUGCAGAUGGGAGCCUGGCGAAUGGUUCGCUGCCGUCCUUGAGGAGCCAGCCCAUCGACCAGUGUCGUUCUACCAUGGUGCCCCCAACAAGGGAGUCGAGGUCAUUCAAUACUUGGAGGCCACCUCCAAGCAGCCCGUACAGGGCGCAACAUCUUGGGGCUUCAGCCUACUACUUCAUCGACUAAAGCUGAAGGGGGCUCUAAUGUGCAAGUUGGUCGAUGAAUCUGAACCUUUGAAAACUCCCGUUGUCAUAGAUGAGCAUCAGUAUACAACUCGUGGAUCUUUGAUCUAUGGCCGGACUCUAGACCCAAAGCGCCCUUACACUUAUCCCGCGAGGGAGACGGAACUGCGAAGAUUCCUUUGGUCCCGGACCCAAUACAUCUACGAUUUGAGCGCUGAAGUGCGCGGAGAGCUGUAUCCGCCAACGGAGCCACUUUGA